CUUUGUUCCUCUCUCUUUCUUCGAUCUUGUGUGCGCUGCGGAGCUGGCGAUACGAUGGGUGACGGGGAGUCAUCUGCCAGUGGUGCUGAGGUCGCCCGGAGGCGCGAUUUGUUCUGGAUGUUCGGCGUGACGGAGCCGAGACGGUUUCUCGACAUGCUGCGGAAGCAGAACGCGGUGGUAACCGGGACGGCCCUUCUUGGGGCUGUCGGUAUGUCAUGGAAGACGAAGUGGCAGUUGGCCACGGGUGCGUUCUCGUUGGACGUGCUAUGCCCGCCUGGGGCGGCGCAGUCGGAGGUGAUGCAGUAUCUGCUGCGUUGUGGCUAUGCUGUGAGCGGGGGAUCCUGUCGACACACGCUGGGAGAGUGGACGGGACUCCCGGAGGGGUCUGUCGCGUGUUUGACGCGCGGAGAGCAUGGGCUCUUGUCGGUGGUCCACGUUGUGCGGCUGAAGAUGCGGGUGCAGGAGGUGAUUACCAGCCGGGUGUAUGGUACCAUGGUGGGUACGUAUUUGACCGGGCGAGGAGUGGUCUUCUCGCUUUUCCCCCAUAUCACGUUUGCGCAGCGAGGCUACUGGGUGGCCGAUGACAUGCGUCCGGACAGUAAGCAGUCAAUGCGUGUGAAGUAUUCCGGGUGGUCGGAGAUUGACGAGGGGGGACCCGAGGUUUGUUCUGUUCGCCAUCCGGGUGAUCGGCAGAGUUUGCUUUUGCAUCUGGGCGAAAAGGGUCUCAGUGUGAGGCAGGAGCCGCAAGAGUACAGGUGUCCGCUCGGCAAGGAAGUGCCCGUGGGUUUUUCCCGAAGCGCUUUGGACUACGGAAAGACUUUUCCUAGUAUGAGGGCUGCUGCGAACGUGGGUGCGAAGCAGUAUGACUCUUCGACGUGGGCAGAGGAGAACAGGACGAGGAUCCGUGUGCCCAAGCGGGGCAAAGGCAAGAAGGCUAUGAGUAGGCAGUCAGAGUUAUAGUACAUGCAUGUGGAGGAAUGGAGAUCGUGUAUGGGGAGCAUGUGUCCAGUAUAAUAAGAAACGGAGUGAUGGAAUAACCAGUGGAACAAUCAGAAGAAUGGAGUGAUUGCAUGAAAUGAAAUGUAAUGUGUGCAGUGAAACAAACACCAGAAAAGAUCGUGAGAUGUGUGCAGAAGCGUAGUGGUGCAGCUUCAUUCAAUCCAAGAUGCGUGCCUUCAAGCAUGCUUUCGGUCUGGUACCG